UAUUUCACUGAACAAUUAGUGAAAAUAUGGAAAGCCUUUUUGCAUUUUGCUCAAUAUCUGUGAUACAUAUAUGCAAGGGUUUUUAUAUAAGCUUCGGUUCGCCAAAGCUAGCUUCCGUUCUUGUUUUAAUUUUUUUUUGUUAAAGAUCUGUUUUUUUGCUUUUUCAAAAGUGAAAAUUGGUGAGACAGACAACAUUAAAAUUAAAAUUAAGUUUUACAUUUCGGUGUGUGAAUUGGUUGCUAAACAAGCCACUCAUUGAAAUAAUCAUCUGCUUGUUAUUUGAUGACAGCUUAUGUAAGUCAUACAGCUGUUUAUUUUUACAGUAUUUAAACUUUGAAUCAGUCUAAAACUAAAGACAUAAUGAUUCUUAAAAGGACGUACACUAUCUUAUCUAAUAAGAGCGAAAACCUUCGGCUGGCAGGAGAUGUCAUGAUGAAACAGUUUCCGAUUCUGCAGCUUAUGGUUACAAAUGCCUUUUGAAGGUAUGUGGGCUAAAAGGACGUUUGACUGUAGCUUGGAGCUUGUACGGGGUAUCUCAAAUCGAAUUGCGACUAAGGAAUUAGCCGGAGUGGGUGUUCUGUGAGGCGAAGGGUUGUUUUGACGGUAUCCCUCGAUUUCUGACCUAUGCCGCCAGUCCAGCCUUGCUUCCUGAUGUCCUGCCGAUUGAAAGCGAAAGUCAGUGUGCUGAAAGCUCCGGUGCAAAGCUCUCUCAGCUCGCUCGCACUCGAGGUCUCUUAACUUCAGAGUGCGACUCUGGGGCCGGAGCUCCCGCGGACUUUUUCCUGGCAGUCUUCCGCGUGGUCCUGUCGAGUAAUGUGCUCCGCCGAGGAACAGUCCCUGCACGUCGCGCCUUGAUUUUGUUUUACCUUUUUUUGGCCCCCCUCCCAACACCUAUACAAACAAACAUCAGCCGCACCAACACACACUUACACACACACAUUUGACAAUAUCAACAACACAUUUUGAAGAUGUCGUCGGCCAGCGUUUUUUAAGAGUUUUUACAAGUGUUUGAACCAUUCCACCCAACAUCCGAGAUACACAUUUGCCAUACUUGAUGCACUGAGACGACGGCGCAGCAACCGAAUAAACAAAACAGCCCUAACUGUAAAUUACAGUGCCUUCGAUAAAACAAAGCAGCAACAACACCGCAUCCGCAGUCCCAGGGAGAAGCAGGAUCAGCCCCAAAAGCAACACUAUAUUUCGUUAAGCAAUACUCGUUCUUUAGUAUGAAAUGAGGCGACCAGACAAACGCGUCGCCAUCGAAGAUCGCCCAAAUCGAGUUCGGACCAGGGCACGGCUACAUCCAGAAGCAUCGGAGUCGGGGACGGGUUUUGGCGCGGAGUCGGAAGCAUGAACCGGGACAGCCUGCAGCAGUGGUGGGAGAACUCGUACCGGCGGCACCACCAGGAGCCUGGCCUCGACCUGGACCCCGCGGCGCCGCUCCACCCGCUCCAGGAGCCCGAUCCCGACCAGCUGCCCUCGGAGCAGGACUUCGACUACGGCAACUUCAGCCUGGGCAACCCGUACGACCUGGACGCGGAGCACUCCAUCUCCCCGCUGACGCUGCUGCUCCUGGCGGUCAGCUACGGCUUGGUGGUCUUCGGCGGCGUUGUGGGCAACUCCACCCUGGUGCUGACCCUCUGCUCGGCCUCCUCGGUGCGCCUGCGCAACCCUCUGCUCCUGGCCGUCUGCAUCGCCGACCUGCUGGUCACCGGCAUCUCCGCCCCGGUCACGCUCCUCAACCUCGCGAUGAACCGCCGGACGCGCUCGCUGCCGCUGGUGUUGUGCAAGGUCAUCCACUACAUCCAGGUCAUGCCCGUGGCAGCCAGCACCAUAUCGUUUUUCAUGCUCUCCCUCGACCGCUACGCCACCGUGAAGCAUCCGCGACUGGCCCAGCUGCGCCAGCGCCGCUACCUGCACGUCUCGCUGGCCCUGCUCUCCUGGCUGGCCUCGGCGGCCAUCAGCACCCCGUUCCUGUUUGCCUACAAGAUCAUCGCCAAGUCGAUGGUGGUCAAGGGCGGCGUGCCGACGGGCACCACGCCGAGCCCGGUCCGCAUCAGCUGCACCUCCGACCUGGGCGCCAGCGCCAUGUUCAUGUCCUUCAUCCUCUUCCACACGGUCGCCGUGUUCGUGCUGCCCGGCCUGGGAGUGCUGCUCAACCACUACGGCGUGCGCCGCAAGCUCUGCGCCCUCUCGCUGACCGCCCGCGCCGCCCACGGGGAGCUGCCCCUGCCCAUCCCCAUCCUGCGGCGGCAGACUCACAUGGUAAUCGUGACGGGCUGCCCCAACGCCCAGCAGGCAGCCUGCGGGGGCGCCACCACCGCCGACGACACCUCCAACGGAAACGGCACUGCCGCUGGCGGUGGUCCUAUGGCCGUCAGUCCGGGGGACAUCCAGCUGCACACCCUGCAGCCGCGGCAGCCGGGAUCCGUCGGCUCAGCCCUCGAGCCUGGCUCCUACCGUUCCAGCAAUCCCAUAUCGCCCAGGGCCAUGAGGGAGAUUCGCGCCCACUCGCAGCGCCAGCGCAUCAACCGGGCGGGAAGGGGGCCGGCCACUCCCGGAAUUCCGUUGCCGCAGACCUCCACCCUUCGGUCGCGCAGGCACCUGGCCAACAUGCUCAUCGCCUCCGCGCUGAUCUUCAUUGCCUGCUGGGCGCCGCACGUCUUCUGCGUCCUCUACAAGAGCCUCGGCAGCAAGCAGCACUGCAGCCAGACCUCCGUCUACUUCAGCCUCCUGCUGGGCUACUUCUACUCGGCUAUUAGCCCGGUGAUCUACUGGGCGCUCAACCACAACUCGCUUCGACAAUCUCCCUGCGCGCCCAUCAUCCGCCUGCGCUCCAUGCAGAACUUCCUGAGGUCGCGCUUCCGGACGCACACCGCCCCGCCGCCUCCCUCGUCCACCAACGAGGCGGCCCUGGGGGCCUUCAAUCCCAAGCUGAUCAAGCUGACACCGAAACAGUAUAGAGCUCAGGCCUCUUCGCAUUAUCUCUACUAGUGUGAUACUAAACUAAACUUGAUAUACAUAUAUACACAUUUAUACACGCAUAUAUAAUAUAUUUUUUACCUACGCCCUCCCAAUCCCUUCUCCCCAAGCCCUCAAAUCUCCGAAGCAUCGACGUUUCGGAACCCCAAAACCAGAACCGAACUCCGACCCCGAACUCGAGCCCAACCAAACGGAACUAUCUAGAUGUUUUCCAAAAGCUCUGCGCAACUAGUUGGCGUUACCUGUGGCGAAACUCGGAAUAUACCUAUAUGCUACAUGAUUAGAGUACAUUGCAGUGUUGGCUAACGCUUAUUUACACAAUGUUGUGCACCUGAAGCAACGCAAUAGGGACAACUGAGUCCUGUCGCUACUCUUGCCUGUAACGAGAAAAACUGGUAACGAAAAACGAAAAAAAAAAAACGUAAAAAGAAAACCCUUUUAGUGACUUGUUCGAAUUGUUGUUUAGUCUUUUAAGCUGAAAUAUUGUACUAUGUUCCUUCUCAUAGAUAAGCAAUAAGAGAACGCUUUAAGCCAAGUUAAACAAACAAAAACGAAUCAAACUAAAAAACGAUCUAAAACUUUUAACGAUUUAAACCUAAACUCGAAUACAUACCUAACAAAACAUACAUAAUUAUAUAUACCAGUAUAUACAUAUAACAUGUGCAAAAGUAAAAAUGAAUGUAAAUGUGAGCAAAAACAAAAUGAUACAAAUUAGUAUUGUAUACAUAUUCUUCGACUUAAUUCUUUAUACACUUUUUCUAACAAUUUUUAAAAUCGUUCAGUAAACUGAACACGGUGUGUAACGCAAUUCCAGCUCCAGAAGCAGAGAUCCCGCGGACCUUUUCCAGUUCAGAAAUAAGAACCACCUAAAUGAUCAGACUCAGGAUCGGGUUUCAUUUUACUCAUUUCGGUGGCCACCAUUUUCUUUUUUACUAACUUUAUACAUGCUCUCCUGCAAGCGACUAUCUUUUUUUUUUGUUUCGAAAACUAUAAAUCUUUCUCAAAGCCAUCUAAAGCAGCAGCAGUUGUUAUCGCCUUAGAUUUAGUGGCUAUAUACUUUAAGCUAUCUUUAAAUAAUCAUUGUUUUGUACUUUACAGAAUCGUCAUCGAAAAGAGAAACUAUAAAAACUAUACAAAUAUGCUAAAUAGUAA